AUGAUUUCUCUACAGCGGGAUGAAUUGAUCGUUCACCCACUCUGCCAUGCUCUGCUUCGGUGCAAAUGCUCAGCCUUCUACAUUAAUUUCCUUGCUUGUCUAACUUUCCUCGUCCUGGAUCACGAACCACUUCGUCACUCAGCGAACACUCGACUGAAUAUGACCUGCUAUAAUCUUGUACGUGUUGAGAUGCCAAAAUACAAACAUUUCCACCAGGCAUUUGUUCCUCGUAUCGAUGUUGAUUUUGCCCUUACCUCGCAGGGUCUAAAGUUCUUCAAGGAUCUCAUCAAUUUCUACUCAUUGGGCGUCUUUGCGGCGGCCACAGCGUACGCCGUGAUGUCGUUGCAUAAGGUCAUCAACCAUAAUUUCAUCGAGUUAGGAGCGAUUGCGCUCUUUCUCGCCUGGAGUUACUUGGUCAUUCACCUCAUGCGGUAA